GUGUGUCUUACCAGCCGAAAAGGAACACAUUUUAACAAUUAAAAACCCUAAAAAAAAAAUAUUAAAAAAAUCAGCAUCUUCAUUAUAUCAAAUAUCAAACCUCUGUCCUCGUCGUUUUGGAGUCGCACUGAACUCAACGCAGGCGAAGUCGUCGGCCGCCACAAUCAUUCGUGUUUCUUAGGUCAACACAAAAUGGAUUAUCGAUGGACCAAAGGUAAGAAUGAAUCUGGUGGUCGUCACAGGAAGCAAUUCAAAAAGGAUCGGGUUUAUGAAGAAUCUCUUAUUGAUGAUUUGUCUGAUGAUUUUCGCUUGCCGAGAAAUCAAAGGCCAACUGAAAAUGUUGAUUUGGAUAAUGUUGAACAAGCUUCUCUAGAUACACAAAUAACUUCAUCUAAUAUUGGUUUUAAGCUUCUUCAAAAGAUGGGUUGGAAAGGAAAGGGUCUUGGCAAAGAUGAACAAGGAAUAGUGGAGCCAAUAAAAUCUGGGAUUAGAGAUCCAAGACUGGGGGUUGGUAAACAAGAAGAAGAUGAUUUUUUCACUGCAGAAGAAAAUGUCCAGCGCAAAAAACUCGAUAUUGAGUUGGAGGAGACAGAAGAAAAUGUCAGGAAGCGGGAGGUGUUAGCUGAACGUGAGCAAAAAAUUCAAACUGAGGUGAAAGAGAUCCGGAAGGUGUUUUAUUGUGAGCUCUGCAACAAGCAAUACAAAUUGGCAAUGGAGUUUGAAGCACACUUGAGCUCUUAUGAUCACAAUCACCGGAAGCGUUUCAAACAAAUGAAGGAAAUGCAUGGUAGCAGUAGCCGGGAUGAUAGGCAAAAGCGAGAGCAGCAGCGUCAAGAGAAAGAAUUGGCCAAGUUUGCUCAAAUUGCUGAUGCUCAAAAGCAGCAACGGCUUCAACUGCAGCAAGAGUCUGGAUCAACACCGGUUUCAGCUUCAGCUUCCUCCGAAUCUAGGACUGCUACUGCACUAACAGAUCAGGAGCAGCGAAAUACUUUGAAGUUUGGGUUCUCUGCUAAAGGCACUGCUUUCAAGAGUACGGUUGGUUCAAAGAAGCCAAAUGUUUCAAAGAAGCCAAAUGUUCCGGUGGCCUCUAUAUUUGGCAACGAUAGCGAUGAAGAGUAAUGUGAAUUCAUUUUUGCAGCUCUAAAUCAGUGUGAUGCCAUAAUUCCUGUGUGGUUUUGUGUUAUGUUAUAUUUGGUGUUUGUCACCAUUGUAAGAGAGGCAAUGAGUUUGUGAUUCAUUUUUAGUUUUGGAGAAUUGAACACAGGCUAAAUGUUGGAAGGGGAAAUAUUGCAUACUUAUGUGUGUUUUGUAAGGAUUGUUUUUAUGUAACGGUGCACAUAGAACCUUUGAAUAAGUUAAGCCAAUCACUAAUGGCAAACUAAGAACAUAUUUAUGUUACCCCUUUGAAUGAUGUUUAAUUUAAAGACAAUUGAUAGUGGUAAAUUGUUAA